UCCUCCCUCCUCUCCACAAGGCCUAGCAGCCAGUCAGUGGGUCCGUCUAGGCAUAGGAAGGACGAAGAAGUCUCAGCUCCCAGCUCUGCUCUAUUCUCAGUUCAUGGAAUUCGAAGGAGGCUCUCCCCUGCACAAACAGGCAUCUGGACCCACAGCAGCCACCGCCACCCCUGCAGAGAAGCCAGGACCCAAGGUGGCAGAGGUUGGCGAUGACUUCCUGGGGGACUUCGUGGUGGGCGAGCGGGUCUGGGUGAAUGGGGUGAAGCCCGGAGUUGUCCAGUAUUUGGGAGAGACACAGUUUGCACCAGGCCAGUGGGCUGGCGUGGUCUUGGAUGACCCUGUGGGCAAGAAUGAUGGCUCAGUGGGUGGCGUCCGCUACUUUGAGUGCCAGCCCUUACAGGGCAUCUUCACCCGACCCUCCAAACUGACGCGGCAGCCCACCACAGAGGGCUCGGGCAGUGACGCCCACUCCGUAGAGUCGCUGACUGCACAGAAUCUAUCCCUGCAUUCCGGCACAGCUACACCCCCUCUGUCCACCCGGGUCAUCCCCCUGCGGGAGAGCGUCCUGAACAGCUCAAUGAAGACGGGCAAUGAGUCUGGCUCUAACCUCUCGGACAGUGGCUCAGUAAAGAAGGGAGACAAGGACCUGCGGCUUGGAGACCGUGUCCUGGUUGGCGGGACGAAGACGGGCGUUGUGCGCUACGUUGGGGAGACAGACUUCGCAAAGGGGGAGUGGUGUGGCGUGGAGCUGGACGAGCCCCUCGGGAAGAAUGAUGGGGCCGUGGCAGGGACCAGGUACUUCCAGUGUCCCCCGAAAUUUGGCCUCUUUGCUCCCAUCCACAAGGUUAUCCGGAUCGGCUUUCCCUCUACUAGUCCAGCCAAGGCCAAGAAGAGCAAGAGGAUGGCGAUGGGUGUCUCAGCUUUGACCCACAGUCCCAGCAGCUCCUCCAUCAGCUCAGUCAGCUCUGUGGCCUCUUCUGUUGGAGGCCGGCCCAGCCGUAGUGGCCUGUUGACAGAGACAUCCUCCCGAUAUGCCCGCAAAAUCUCAGGCACCACAGCCCUACAGGAGGCUCUUAAGGAGAAGCAGCAGCACAUUGAGCAGCUACUGGCUGAACGGGACCUGGAGCGGGCUGAAGUGGCCAAGGCCACGAGCCACAUCUGUGAAGUAGAGAAGGAGAUCGCCAUCCUGAAGGCUCAACAUGAGCAGUAUGUUUCAGAAGCGGAAUCCAGUCUCCAACGGGCCCGGGCAUUGGUGGAGAGUGUGCAGAAGGAGAAGGUGGACUUACUCAACCAGCUGGAAGAGGAGAAGAGGAAAGUAGAAGAUCUCCAAUUCCGUGUUGAAGAAGAAUCCAUCACUAAGGGAGACCUGGAGAUGACGACUGUGGCCGAGAAGUCGAAGAUCCUGCAACUGGAGGAGGAGCUGAGCCUCCGGCGAGGAGAGAUCGAGGAGCUCCAGCAGUGCCUGAGGCAGGCAGGCCCCUCCGACCCCUCAGACACCAGCCCGUCGUCCGAGGCCCUGCGGCUCAGGGAGCAGCUUCUGUCUGCCAGCAAGGAGCACCAGAAGGAGAGUGGGCUGCUCAAGGACAAGUACGAGAAGGCCCUGAAGGCCUACCAGCACGAGGUGGAGAGGCUGAAGGCCACCAACGAGAAAUACGCCCAGGAGAUCGUGGACCUGAAGCAGAAGGUCCAGCAGGCCACCAGCGAGAACAUGGGGCUGAUGGACAACUGGAAGUCCAAGCUGGACACGCUGGCUUCUGACCACCAGAAGUCACUGGAGGACCUGAAGGCCACUCUCAACUCGGGCCCCAACACCCAGCAUAAGGAGAUCGUGGAGCUGAAGGCUGUCAUGGAGAGCAUCAAGAUGGAGCACCAGCUGGAGCUGGGCAACCUGCGAGCCAAGCAUGACAUCGAGACCGCCGUCCUGGCCAAGGAGAAGGAGAGCCUCCUCGGGAAGCUGGAGCAGGCCCGUGAUGAGCUGGAGGAGGUGCGCCAUCACUGGAAAGCCCAGCUGGAAGCCAGGUCCAACCAGCACCUGCUGGAGCUCCAGGAGGUCAAGGACCAGUGCAGGGACGCCGAGCUGCGGGCCCGAGAGCUCGGCAAGCUGGACGGCGAAUGUAAGGAGCAGGCCCAGGCCAUCGAUUUCCUGAAGGAGCAGAUCUCCCUGGCGGAGAAAAAGAUGUUGGACUACGAGGCGUUGCAGAGGACGGAGGCCCAGAGCAAACAGGAAAUCCAAAGGUUACAGGAAAAACUCUUGGUGGCAGAAAACAAACUUCAGGCCAUGGAGUCCCUCUGCUCUUCUCAGCACUCUGAUGUGAUCGAGACAAAUGACAUUUCGGAAGAGAAGAUCAGAAUGAAACAGACAAUGGAGGACCUGCAGGACAAGCUGAGUAAGAGGGACAAAGAGGUGGCAUCCUUGGUAUCACAGACCGAGAUGCUCAAGGCCCAAGUAAGUGCACUAGAAGGCAAGUGUAAAUUGGGAGACAAGAAGGCAGAUGCCCUCCUGAAGGAGAAGAAGAGGCUCGAAGCGGAACUGGAGGCCGUGUCCCGGAAGACCCACGAUGCCUCUGGGCAGCUGGUGCUCAUUAGCCAGGAGCUCCUGAAAAAGGAAAGGAGUCUGAAUGAACUACGGGCCCUGCUGCUUGAGGCCAAUCGUCACUCCCCGGGGCCUGAGGACCUGAGCCGAGAAGUGCACAAAGCAGAAUGGAGGCUCAAGGAGCAAAAACUCAAAGAUGACAUCCGAGGGCUGAGAGAGAAGCUGGUUGUGCUGGACAAAGAGAGAUCAGCAUCGGACCAAAGGCGCUACUCCCUGAUUGACCCAUCCUCAGAGUCAGAGGUCCUCCGACUCCAGCAUCGCCUGGUCAGCACAGAGGACGUCCUCCGCAGUGCUCUGGAGCGGCAGCAGAUGGAAAAGCUCAUGGAAGCCAUGAGGAGUUCCCCUGAGAAAGCACAGCCCGUCGGCAAUUCUGGUUCUACCAAUGGGAUCCAUCAACAAGACAAGACUCGGAAACAAGAGGAGAAGCACUGACCAUGAGAGGAGACGGAGGAGAGAGACGGUGCCCAUUCCACGCCCGGAUCCCUGCUCGCCUGGGCAGCCACGCACCCCACUGCCCACCUCCGGCUCCUCCGCCAGGCGCCUGGCCGAGAUGGUCCCUCCCGAGACAGGAUCGGUGUUUGUCGCCACUGUGUGCUGACGGACGUGCACAGCCCCCUCCCUUCUCCCCUCUCCCGCCCCCCAGCCCAUCUCCCACCUCCCUGACGGGGACAAGGCCCCGGGCACAGGCUCGGAAGGAGCCACUUUGGCCGCCUUCCAUCCUCCCUGCCCCAGGGCCUCUGGGCUCUGAUCUGGACACUCGGGGAAGCCCUGGAUGGCUUCUGGAAUGCCGUUUGGAGGGUGUGUGUGUGCGGUUGGGCACUCUAGCCUCAGAGGGUCUGGAAUCACAAGCCCCCCUCACGUCCCCCACGGACAGGAGCGCCUCGGAGCCUGGCCGCUGGGCCGCUGGGCCCCCCUCUCUCCCUGGCUCCCCCUCCCCCUCUGAGGCCUUGUCCUGGAGAGCCAGGAGGCGGCUGGGCCACCCCGGGACAGCUGCAGUUCUUGAAGGGCUUCUGGGCGGACAGGGACCCCAGCAGUGACUCCCGGCCCCCCGGGGAGACCCAUGAAGCCGCCGGCUGAGACAGAAGUAUUAGUGUGAGCAGACUGUGGGGUCCCCUCGCCCCCUUCCUCCCCGCUGUGUAAUGCCACUCAUGGUACCGAGUCCCCUCCUUAACCAACCUCGCCUAGAUUUCCUUUCUGCUCCUCCUCCAGCUGGAGACACUGACUGUGUUGGUGAGCUACCCGACACCCCAAUUCUCUCCAAUGUCUUAUGGCCCCCCUCGUCCUCCGCGCCUCGCUUCCUCCGGCUUUGGUACGAGCUCCAUGCCAGCCAGAGGGUGGGUGAGGGAGACGGCGCUGGAGCCGGCCCCACUGAUUUUCCUUUGGCCGCCUCUGCUAGCAUGCAGAGGUGGGGGGAUCCCCAAGUCUUAGGGUGAGGGGAAGGCCAUCGGGGGUAGAGACUGCAAGAGGAAAACCCAAGAUCUGCUGACACCCGCUUCCCUAACCCGCCCCUGCCACUUGGGGGAAAUCCCUCCGCCCCCACUAGCGGGAGAUCGGGCUGGGGCUGGAGCUGGGGGGGUCCCGGCCAGGAUUUUCCAAGAUUGGCUCUCGCCCCCUCCCAGGAUGCUUUCAGACACGGCCCAAAGGGAAGCAGCCGGCCCGUGGACAGCUCACAGGUCCCGGCUCCUUGUGGGGCACAUCCACAUCCUCGCCCAUCCCAUGUGUUCCUUUCCUUGGAGUCGGGGGAGGAGAAGCCCCAUUAUGGUCCCCAGAGUCUUCUGUCAUCUCUUGCUAGACGGAACCACCGACUGGGCCCCCAUCCCUCGUCUUGGGGAUGGGGCUGUCAUAAGACAGAAUAAGGAAGGCAUCUCAGAGGCCAACUAGUCCGGCUGGUCGAUGGCGCCCUGGGCCCCCAGGAGCCUAGCUCUGGAGCUAAAAGGGCCUCAGAAACCUCUUCAUCCUCUCCAUUUCGUUGUAGGGGAACUGAGUCCCAGCCCAGAGAAGUUAAGGACAGGCAGAGAGCCCCUCCCUCCCUAGGCUAAUGAAUGGACAUCCGGCUGUCCAUGGCCACAACAAAGGGGACCAUUGAGGAUUUAGAGCACAGACCUCAGUGAUUAUUCCACCCAUUUUCACUGAUGGAUAAACACAGACCAAGAGAAGGGAAAUUGGACCGAGAUUACACGGAGAGCAAAGGGCAGAGCUGGGAUUCGAACCCAGGUCCUCUGAACCCCAAUCCGCCAUCCUAUGUGUCCUCAGUUUUAAGCUAGCAUGGCAGCGAUGCCCAUUGCCACUGUUCCCAUCUAGGACGAAGGAGACACCGUGGAACAUCGGCAGGAUUGGAGGCUGAGGGUAGUCCAAAUACUUCUUUCCUGACCCCCUUACUGACCCCUCAACCAAAUAAAAUGGACAAAAUCGGGAGCCUAGCCCUGCCCACAGAGACCUGAGUUCAAAUUUCAGUUGGCUCACAUGGAAUUUAGAUUCAAUUCCCAUCCAAAUUUAUGGGACAAACACGUCCAGCCACAUUUCCCCAAGAGCCCAAAGGCAGGCUUGUGUGUUGUGCUCUCUUGGGUGUUUUUGUGGGUGCCUGUGAAAUUCCAGAAAUGAGGCUCCUUCCCACCACCUUUAAAAAGCCUGACUGGGCACACAAACACCCGAAAGGAUAGAAAUUCAUUUUGUAAGCAUUUGUUCCGGAUGAGGGUGUUAAGCUGGGGUUCCCUAGACUAGAGAAGUCACAGAUCUCACAGGCAGUGCCUGAAGUUCUGGUCUUGGGAUCAGGGAGACCUGGGUUCCAAUUUGGCUCUGAUACUCUCUCCAGUGACCCAAGUUUAACACUAAGUCAUAGACCAGUGAUGGGCAACCUUUUGAGCUUGGUGUGUCAAUUUUUGCCAAAAAACCAAGCAUAACUUGGGUGGUGUGUCACUUCAGGAAAAAAAACCAUAAUUUCACAAUACUCACAUCUUUCUUGGUGUGCCAUAGGUCCACCAUCACGGUCACAGAUGGAUUGAGAUCUGCACUAGUAAGGGGGAUUUCCCCAAUAGUGGUCUCUGACAACACCCAUCCUUCCCAUAUUGGAGCCUGUGCUACAUUCAUAGAGAUGCAUGGAUUCACCACCCAUCUCCUCCCUCUCUCCCCAGGGCUCUGAGGCACUCCUUUUCAGUUUGGUGUCUGUCUGUGGCUUGAGACCCCACAUAUAACCCCAACCUUGGGCUCUUGGAAUCCCAGCCAUCUGACUUUUUUCUAUCCUCCGGGCUGUUCGGGUGGCAGUCGAUAUCUCCCACUGAAGAGCAGUAGCCAGGGGCCCUUCUCCCUAGCUCUUGUCUCCUAGAAGCCCUCCCCAUUGCUUUCCUGGGGCCAUCUUGCUCCAGGCUCUGUGCUCCAUUCUACAGAGCCCUCUAGUGGUAGGGCAUCAAUAAAAUAACCAAAGCUCUUAGAUAGGCCAGCACUUACCCAGAUCCUCUUUGGCUCUGAGGGGUUAGAGCUAGAAGGGCCCUUGGAUCAUCAAGCCCAGAUGGGUCACACAGGUAAGAAGUCAAUGAACUGAACUUGAACCCAGAUCAUAGAAGGAAUGAUAGAAUUAGGGUUGGUUGGGACCUCAGAAGCCAUCUAGUCUAACAACCUCAUUUGACAAAAUGAGGAAACUGAGGCCCAGGUCACACCAGUAGCAAGGCUCAAACUCAGGUCCUCUGACUCCAAACCCAGCUUCUCUUUGCACUAUACUCCAGGUAUUCUGCCUCCAAAACCUUUCUUCGAUACCAGGCUGCCUCCCACCUAGGAUCGCCAAGGGAUGGAGGCCAGUAGAACACCCUCCCUCCAGCCCUGCUGGUCCUUGCCUUCCCUCGCUAGGAAUAAUGAAUUCUCCUUCUCCUGCUUGUUCACCGCUGCCUUCCUGCCUCGUAGAGCCUCAGUGAGACUUGGUGACCUCCCUAGUUCCUUCUCCCUUGUCCUCCUAUGACACAAUGGGACGAGUCUACAAACUGGGUCCCAAGGCAAUGGGCUUCUGAGCUGGUAAGGGCCUAUGCAUCAUUGAGUUUGAUGGGGAAGGAGGAAGCUGAGGUAAGAGUGAUCAUGGAAAUUUCCUUUCGGAAUGCAGGGCUGCUGGGAAGGCUGUGCCCCUGGAACUGUGCCCAGGGAAGGUAUCCUCUCAGGUGAAGAAAUAUGCCCCUAUUUUGGGGGGCAGCUUCACAUGCCCUGAUGUGCUGAGCAAAGAGCAAAUCGGAGAGUCCAGACUCUCCUGCCCCAUCUGGAUCUCCUAUGUUGUUUUCAUUAAAAACAGUAAAAAUAGCAAGGAAGCUUUUAAGAACCUAAUCCAGGCUCAAAUCCUCCAUUAAUUCCAUCAGGUUUGGGCCACUCCUCAUGAGCUAGGGUGAGAAGGCUUGACCCAUAGACUUCACGUUAGCAGCAGUGGGUGGAUGUUGGUGUAGAAUGGGAUGGGGAUCCCUUGCCCGGGCCGUCACACUGCACAUGGAUGGUUUGGUCCUUUGGGGCAGGGCUAUGUCCGACAUUUUGGAUGCUAAGACUCUUGGAGAGAGUUGGUGUCACUAGUAACGUCUAUCUGGGGGGCUGGUUUGGUUCCAUUUCCAUCUUCCUCUGUUCAAAUGUUGUACAAACUGAUGAGUUUCACUCGGGUCUGUUGCCAUGGACCACAGCCUCCACCUCCCCCUUCCCUCCCUUCCCCUUCCUGAAACUUGAAUUGAUAAAGUGUGGUGAGUUCCUACCAAGAACAAUAAACUUGUGGCUGAGGUCUGGGACCCAAUGGCCUGAGGCAA